UCUAGCAAAUGUUGCAUUAAAUCUCUCUAUAUCUCUCUAUCUCUUUCUCUCUAAACCCAUUUCCGAUCCCUUCUCAAAAUGGCUUCUUACUCAUCCGAACAUAUGAUAUACCACCCUGAAAAAUUAAGACUAAUUGAUAUCAUCAGUGUCUUAAUCUUUAGAAGAAUAUUAUCAAGUUCUAAGUUUAUUGAAUCUCAUCAUUUCAAUGAAGAUAAGCUUGGAAAUAAUGUUGCUUUGCCUAACUUGAUAACAAUUCUAACUUUGAUUAUUCAAAAGAUCUUGGGUUUGCUCUAUCUUCCUUUCAAGUUACUUGGACAUGUUGUUGAGUUCAUAUUGAACUUGUUUUCCCUUAACGGUGGCAUCUUUAAAUUGCUUCUUCGGAUUGUCACAGAGUAUCAAAAAACAAGCUCAACUCAAGCUUUUAUUUACUGUGAUGCACCAACAAACGCGAAUCUGAUUGUCGUGGCUUUUCGUGGUACCGAGCCAUUUAACAUGAAAGAUUGGUCAACAGAUGUGGAUCUAUCAUGGUUUUCCAUGGGGAAAAUGGGAAGAGUUCAUCUAGGUUUCAUGAAAGCUUUAGGUCUUCAAAAUGACAAAGACUAUAUCAAGGGUUGGCCUAAAACUUACACAGGUGAUAAGGUGUUGGCUUACUACACCAUUAGAGACCAGCUCAAUAAAUUGCUUGAGCAAAACAAGGGUGCAAGAAUAAUAAUAACUGGCCAUAGUUUAGGUGCAGCCCUUGCAACACUAUUCCCUUCCGUCUUAGUUUUGCACCAAGAAGACGCAAUCUGGAAGAGCAUCUUUGGUGUUUACACAUUCGGACAACCUAGGGUUGGUGAUAAGGAUUUUGGCAUUAUAAUGAAAGAAAAUUUGAAUGAGCCUCUCAAGAGGUACCAUAGGGUUGUUUAUAGAUUUGAUGUUGUCCCUCGGGUUCCAUUUGACGAUCGCAUUUCUCAGUUUGCUCACUUUGGUGGUUGCCUCUACUUCAGUAGCUGGUACAAAGGAGAGGUAUUGGAGAAAGAACCAAACCAGAACUACUUCAAUCCGUUGUACAUCAUACCGAAGUAUUUCAAUGCGUGGUUAGAUCUAUCCAUAGGUAUCUUUGCAGGAAUAAAACCAGGGAAAGAUUUCAAAGAGAGUUUAAUUUCAAUUCUUUUCAGAAUGGUUGGACUUCUUAUUCCAGGACUUGCUUCUCACAGCCCCAGAGAUACUGUUAAUGUUGGAUUAACUUCAACAUAGAAGUCACUAACAAGCUGGUUAGGACAAGAUUAGGAAAUUGAUGUAAUCCUAAGGGAAUUAGAAGUCAUCUAGUUCUAAGAAAAGGAAAGACAUGUAAUAAGGUAAUAAGACUAGGAAAAGGAAUUCAUAGUUCUAUAUAUAUAUGAUCACCAAAGUUGUGGUUGAUCAUAUGAGCAAGAUUAGAGCUUGUGUUUAGUUUUGAGAGAUUUUCUAAACAUCAAUAAAGAGAGUUGUCUUUAUAUAAGCUAAGUUUCAUCUUGCAGUUGCCA